AAAAUAUCUGCCAUAGCCACCAAUUCAUACAAAUAUACACACAACACAAACACAAACACAAACAAAAACACCCCAUUCCUAGGAACAAGUUUUCAUUGAACAAAAAUGGAGUGCUAUGGUAGGCCAAACAGGAGUGACAUCCAUCUCUCAGCUGAGGAAGAAGCCACCAUAGAAGCAAAGACAAGAGAGUAUUUUGAUGAAAUGGCACCAAAGCGCCACACAAAGCCUCAACGAAGUGAGUAUUCUACUCAAUAUGUUGAUGCUUUCUCCAACAUCAAUUCCCACGAUUCUUCUACACCAGAAUUGCUACAAUUCCAACGCCUUGAGAAGGAUCCUCAAGAAAAGAAAUUGGUGUACAAUGGAAAUGAAGUUACAGAAGAAUUUGUAGAAACAGAGUAUUACAAAGAUCUCAACAGCGUGGACAAACACCAUCAUACGACUGGAACAGGGUUUAUCAAAGUAGAGAAAAGUGAAAAAAGCUUCCACAUAGAACCAGAUAGUGACACUGGCUGCCAUCACUCUUGCAAGUGCAAUCCUGCAACCAAUGAUUGGAUUCCUACUCCUUCCACUGAUGUUGGUUUCAAUUCAGACAAACCAAAGAGGAGUGACAACUGAAAAUGAAGGAGCUGCUGUUGUUUGCUCUGCAUGAGGAGUAUAAUGUUUGAACUUAAUUCUAUAUUUUAGGAUUCCAUGUGGUGUUUAAAGUUGGAAACCAGAUAAAUAUUUUUAAAAACAAGACUUGUGAUUUGGAUUUAAGUUAAAUAUGGUGCUAUUUGGCAUUUCAUGUUGUAUACAUUAUUUCCUAUGUUUAUGGAAACAUAAAUAUAAGUUUUAAAUUUCAUGCAAAUUAUUAUUGUAGGAAUGCAUUUUUUUCAUCUUAUGAUGAUAAAAAUAAGGUCAUUUCUUUAUGUGAAAAGUAAAAUUGAAACUGUGUUCCACUCAAUUUGAAUAAGCUUUCACAUAAGUUGUUAUAAGAAAAUUAAAUUAAAUUAUGCUUGGUAAUAUUAGUCAAAAACUUAUAAUUUAUAGCAAGUUGAUAUAAAGCUAUUUAGUAAAAUUAACUGAAAUAUAUUAAAUGACUAAAAAGAAUAUUUAUUAUUAUAUUAAAAUUAAAUAAAGAGAUAAAUUUAAAAUUUUGUACUUACAUUUAAUUUGUAAUUAUAAAUUAAAUAUUAUUUAAAAAAAUUUCAAAAGUUAGCUUUAAAAGCUGUAUAAACUCUUUCUAUUUUAAAGUUAUCAAAUAGUUUUACUAGUUUAUUAAAAAAAAAAAUAAUAAGCUCCUAAAUAAGUUAUAAGGUCACCUCACCAAAUAUAACUUUAAUAUAAAAAUAAAUAAAUAAGAGAACUUUUAAAAAUAUAAAAAAGUAUAAGCUAAUUUUAUAAAAAAAAAGUUUAAUUAAUUUUCAUGUUAUUUAUACUUGUUAAGAAAUUUGCAUUCAGUAGGAUUGUUAAACUACACUUCAUAAAAAAUCUGGAUACAAUAAAGCUUUCUAAUUGGCAAUAACACCAUGCUAAACUACUGCCAACACAACCUAUAGCAAUUGAUUUACAUAUAUAUUUUGAUGUCUAAUAUAAUUGUCAUGGAAUUGAAUUAUGGAACGGACUAUAACUUCUCAGGUGUAAAUAAUUGCCAUAAAAGAGUUGCAUAACCCAUUAUCAUUCUACUUAGUGUAUAAUUAACUAAUAAAAUUGUAGAGCAAAUAAUAUUAUAAUUUUUUACAUUUUGGUUAAAAGACCUAAAGUAGCAAAGUCUUGAAUCCAUAAAAAUAAGACUUGGUGUAAUUAUUGUAUUUAAAUAUUUUUUUUAUGUUGUUUAAGCAUAGACAGAUAUAAAAAAUAAAAGAAAAUCAUGAAAAAAAACAUUAAAAUAAUUCAUAUAAAUCACUAAAUGGAAAAUGUCCAAAAAAUAAAUAAAUCUAGCGAGUAACUAAUAAUCCUGGAAACCAUGAUACCUUAUUCCAAAAU